AUGAUUUUACUGUUCUCUCUCUCUCUCUCUCUCUCUCUCUCUAACAAUCUCUUGUUUUCUCUUCUAACUUUUUCAUAUGCCCUCUAUUCUUCUUACUCUAUCUUUUUCCAUCACUCUUUUUCAAGUUCUGGGCUUACUCUUUCACAUUUUUCUUCUUUUUUUCUCUUCAUCUUUCUCUUCGUUCCUCUCUUACUCUUCCUCUAUUCUAUUACUCUCUCUCUUUCUCUCUCAUCUAUUAUGUUUUAUUUUCUCUUUAUUCUGUUACUCUCUUUCUCUUUAUUCCUGUUUUAUAGUUUUGAUGUCUCUCUUUCAUUGAAUGUUUUGUCUACACUCUUCCUCUCAAUUCUAUUACACACACACUCACUCACUCCCUCUUCUUCCUCUGUCUCCAUUAUGCUCUUUUUCUUAAAUCAUGCCUUCACUUUUCACUCUCUUCAAAUGUUUUGUCUCUCUUUCUCUCUCUCUUCCCAAUUUCUCUAUCAUUUACACACUUUUCUCUUAUUUUCUUUCUUUUUUACCUUCUUAACUUUCUCUGUAUCACUGCCUCCUAUAUCUUUCGUUUCCUCCUCUAAUUAUAUCACCAUUACUCUCUCUCUGCUUUCUUCCUUUCUCUCUUUCCUUUCCCUCUUUUUCUCCCUAUUUCAUUCUCACCAUCCUUUCUUUUAA